CAGCAGCAGCAGCAGCACAGCUAGCUCUUCUUCCUCCUGCAGUUGAUGAGAUACCUGCAGGUCCCCCCGCGGUUUCACUUCUCCACCCCGUCCUUUUUCCGGCGCAGAUCCUCGGGGGAGAGCUCAGCAGGCGCAUCGUCGGUUGGCCACCUCCCGCGUUCCAUGCAGCGCCCAGGUCCCCGCACUACCGCGGGGCGAGGCUUUGCCGUGAAGUUUUACGACAUCCUGUCGCAGGAGUCGAGCGACAUCAUCACCUGGACGAAAUCGGGUCAGGCCUUCCAAGUCGUGGACUACACCCGCUUUUCCGAGGAAAUUCUUCUCAAGUACUUCCGCCACAACAAGUUUAGCUCCUUCCGGAGGCAACUGAACCUCUAUGGCUACCGCAAGGUCAUCAAGGGGCCGGACGCGGGCGCGUACAUGCACCCGUUUUUCCAGAGGGGACGCCCCGAACUUCUUGGGGAGGUCAAGAAGGGCAAGGUGCCUCACUACGAAAUGCACGGGGUGAACGAGAUCCACGGGCAGCACUUCCGUCACCAUCCCCCCGGGGUCAAGACUAAAGAGAACGCCGAACAAGCGAAGGUGGUCCCGGCGCACAUGACGUCAAACCCAUGCUCGUCGCCAGUGACCCCGGAACUCCAAGGCGGGGCGGGUUAUCCAUCACCCCAUGGGGGGCCCGGGAUGAUGGGAAACCCUGCCCUCACUGCCUGCGCUCCCGCUACCGGCGGUGGGCACAUGACCCCCGGCACCCAGGCGGCCACAGCGAUGUCGAACAUGUCGCUGAGCCCGACGCCGCAUGCCAGCAACGCGUGGUCACCGCAGCCCGGGCAGGGCGUAGACGCCUUGACGCUCACGCCGGCGUUUGCCGGCCCUGGCGUGGGUGACGGGGGCGACGCAGCAUCAGGACCAGCUGGAGGAGGGUCGGGUGGAAGCUUGAAUGAGAAGCACGUGGGCAUGGGAAAACUAGGCAGCGGGGGCUCCGGCGGGAGCGGGGGGGGGGG